AUGGAAGCAGAACGAGGUCGACCAGCCAAGCGUGCUCGAGUUGAUGGUGGUGAUGAGGACCAAGAGAAUUCAAAACAGCUCAACACGAUCUCGGGGCAAUCAUGCAAGAAGGCAAAAGCAGCAGAACAGGAGGAGGAUGGUGUGGCCAGGCCAAGCACAGAUGCUGUGCUGCACGGCAAUGGAGAGCUGCCAGCAGAGCCUCAGCAGACACUGCCCGCGGCUUCCCCCAGUCCACUGCAGGAGAAGGUAGCAGAGCCUGCGCCAGCCCGAUCGGCUGAACAGAUACCCCCAGUAGCCGCAGCAAACGUGGCUGCUGUGCAGACGAACGGCUGCACAGGCUCUGCUCCGGAGAAGACAGAUAGUCAGGAGGGUGGCACAAACCCAUCCCAGCAACUUGGCGCAGUGUCCACACCGAAUGGAGAGGUGCAUGCUCCUCCGGCGCCUGAUGGCAUGCCUGCUGUACAGAGAGAAGUAGAGGCUGCAGCGACCACCCUGAAGGGUCUGAAGGACAUCUCUGCAACUCAGACGCUGGAGUACCCUGCUGCAUUGCCGAUGCAGGGGCAGAGCGCAGGUGCCUCUGAGGCAGCAGGCCCUUCACAGCCGCCCCAGCAGAGUGCGGGUGCCUCUGAGGCAGCAGGCCCUUCACAGGUGCCACAUCAGAGCGCUGAAGCAGCGGGCCCUUCACAGCCUGAGGCAGCUGCAGAGCCACAGCCUUCCCACGAGGAGGGAGGCGCCACACCAGAGAUGAUAGCAGCCGUAAACGAGAAGUACCACCUGAACGAACCAUACAAGGUUGAUGUGGAAGCAGCCGCAGCUGGUGCAGAACGGCUACGAAAGUACAGGCAGCAUGUCGCAGACCUGAAGGCGCAAGGGAGGAUGAAGCCGGACAUGAUUGCCUUCAAGGACAGGAAGGUGGAACUGGGGACACCUCUGCAAGUGAUUGGUCAGAUUCCAGGAGUGGCUGUGGGUGCAAAGUUCCAGAACAAGGGAGAGCUGGCAAUCAUGGGCGUUCACACCAACAUCUCAGGAGGCAUCUACUUCAAGGGGAAGAACCCAGCGUAUUCCAUUGUCUUGGCGGGGAACUAUUCAGAUGACCAUGAUGCGGGGGACGUGAUUGAUUACACAGGCAUGGGUGGCCAGGACUCAAAUGGCCGACAGAUGGCGGAUCAGGACUGGGUGAGGGGAAACCUAGCGCUGAAGCUGAGCUUUGAGCAAGGGACUCCUAUUCGCGUCAUCCGCGGUGUUAAUGUGGAGAAGACCUAUGAUGGUCUCUAUCGCGUCACCAAGUGUUGGAAGGAGGCGGGCAAGGAUCACGAUCGCAUCAUCUGCAGGUUCCGGCUGGUGCCCAUUCCUGGGCACAGCAUGCUCAGCGAGCGGGUGAUAAUGCGCGCGCGGCACGUGAAGAGGGCAUUUGACGUCGUGCAUCUGCAGGGCGGCCACCGGCUACUGCUGAGCUCUGCCGACUUGCACCGCCUGCCGCCGCCCACUGAGCGCCCGGGCCUCAUCACAGAGGACAUCUCUGGUGGUGCUGAGACGGUGAAGAUUCCAGCCUUCAACAGCGUCGAUGACACCCCCUUGGACCCACUGGAGUACAUCAGGGAAUCACGGAUUGGGUCGGAGGCAGCGCAGAGGCGGGCGGAUGAUGCAAAGGUUGCCUACUGCCAUGUUUUCUGCGGACGGGCAAAAUCAGCAUGCGCAUAUGAUGAACAGGGCUUGGUGAACAGGAAGCAUGCAAACCUUCCCUGCUUCGCAGAGUGCCCCGCAACUUGCGCGGGUUCCCGGCUGUGCAAAAAGAACCAGGUGGUGACCAAAGGCAUCACGCUACCCCUGGAAGUGGUGUACACGGGGCCUGCGCGCCAGUGGGGCCUCACCUGCGCGCAGGACAUCCCAGAGGGCGCCUUCAUCUGCGAGUAUGCCGGCAGCGUCAUCACCGACGAGGAAGCUGACAACCUGGAUGCGGCGGCGGACCAUGACAAGUACCUGUACGACAUGAGCGACUUUGUGCGCGAGAACAUCCCUGACAAGGCCGACAAGGGCGGCUUCCGGCCACCCGUGCCGCCCGACCCGGCCGACCCCACGCUGCUCAUCGAAAACUGCCUCACCAUAGACGCCCGCUGCACAGGAAAUGUGGCGCGCUUCAUGAACCAUGCAUGCACGGGCGGCAACAAUGUCUUCCCACGGCCUGUGCUGGUGGAGGGCUGCACAGGGCUCUUCUACAAGGUGGCCUUCUUCGCAGCGCAGUUCAUCCCCGUGGGCACAGAGCUCACCUACGACUAUCACUGGAAGGAGUCCCACUUUAAGGGCGGCUGCCACUGCGGCAGCGGCACCUGCCGGGCGCCUGCCGGGCAGCCGCCGCCGCUGUCUGCCUCAAAUCCCCCUCCUGCGCCUGCCGGGCAGCUGCCGCCUCCCAUGGCAAAGUCGCCUCCCGCGCCUGUGCCACUUCCUCCGCCUGUCGCGAAGGAUGCGCCUCCUGCGGCUUUGCCAGACUUGCCGCGUGCCAGUGCGACUGUGGCGAUGAAUACAGCAGCUGAUGCCGUCUGA